CACUCACUGACCAUAACGUGGGCCAAUACCUGAAGGAGGAAAUUACGUGUGAUCGCUAUUAUCUAUGAAGCAUUCUUUCAUGAUGGCUGUGUUUUUGCGUCGUCCAUGAGCGAACCUUUUUGAAUUGUGUUCUCCUUUGGACUUUAGGUGGUUGUUUCCCCACCACUCCUCCGAACCUCACGUCGAGCUAGUAGGCAGCGUGCCCAAGCUUAUCCUCGAGUCGAUAAAGAACGCCUGCGGUCCUGCUCUUCUAUCCCCAAAUUUCGCCUGCGAUUAUAAUUGGAUAUCGUCUCGCUCAUCUGUUUCAUUCGAAUACUUGAACAGCGACCAGUCAUGACCAAUACUCUCCCACAAGGCCCAUCGGGGCCUGGGUCGACACCUUAUUCCUCUACAUCCAACCCCCGCUCGUUUUUAAUGCCUAGAAGAUCAUCCUACGCCUCUGUACUGUCAGGGAGUGCAGCAACUAAUCAAUACACUCCACCCAUGCGCUCAGGAGCUUUCUCUCACCUUUUGCACUCCCAGUCACCCGUUCCGCCUGGUGGAUUCCUUGGCCACCGGGCAUCGCCGCCACAGCAAUCUAGACAAGUAUCCCGGGAGAUGGAUCACGUUUGGACCCUUGGUGGAUCCCCAAGUGCUCCAGGUUCUUGGGGAAAGGGGGCGUAUUCAUUACCUGGCGGAAUCCAUUCUGGUUUUGGGACGGGCGCUUAUAAUUUUCUGGGACCGGAUGCCGAGAGUAACGAGUUCUUCACCCCGUCAUAUCUUCGAAACUCACGCUAUGUCGAACGACUGGCAGAAGCACACAAAGCCAAAUUGGCUGCCCAGAAAGAAUCCAAUACCUCACUCUCCAACAAUGGAUCCCUCUCUACCAGCUCCAGCAGCGCCAACUUGCACAAAAUGGCACCAUCGCACAGAGGAAUGACCUAUGAUAUUAUUGAAAAAGAGCCGAUAAAGGAGGACGUAUUAAACCCGCUGCCAUCCAAAUGGAAUGAUAACGAUAAAUUUGCCGGGCUAGAACUUCAGGCAGAUAGGCUGGAAGUCCGCUUUACAGGGCCGAGCAAAUCGCACGAUGAGGCAGCUGCGGUUCGAGCUGAUCGUCCGAUGCCACCAGAAUGUGGAAUCUACUAUUACGAAGUUACUGUCAUUUCAAAAGGAAAAGAGGGACUUAUUGGCGUUGGUUUUUCGGGUCCAAAUGUUUCGUUGAACAGGCUCCCUGGCUGGGAACCAGAGUCUUGGGCGUAUCACGGAGAUGAUGGUUUUUCAUUUAGCUGUACAGCAUCGGGAAAAGCAUAUGGGCCAAAAUUUUCCACGUCUGAUGUUAUUGGAUGCGGAGUCAAUUUUAGAACUGGCUGUGCCUUUUUUACAAAGAAUGGAGUAUAUCUCGGCGUUGCAUUUCGUGACCUUAAAGGUGCGAAGCUUUUCCCUUCGGUGGGAAUGAAACGACCCGGGGAGCAUUUAAGAGUGAACUUUGGACAGACACCCUUUGUUUUUGAUAUCGAUGGAAUGAUGGCAGAGGAGAGGCAAAUGGUACGGCGAGAAAUCAACGCAACGAGUGCCACGAAACUUCAUCCGCCUCUAGACGAAACUUCUUUGAUCCAAGCCCUGGUUGCACAAUUCCUGGCUCAUGAUGGUUAUGUUGAGACAGCGAAAGCUUUUGCUGAAGAAGUACGAGAAGAGUCAAAAGCAUUGCAAUCUGGCAAAACAGCCCCGGGGCCGAAUCUGGAAGCGGAAGAAGAUCUCGACGCCGUUAACAGACAGCGAAUCCGGGCUGCUAUUCUUGACGGCGAUAUUGACACUGCGCUCAAACAUACCAAUGCAUACUAUCCAAAUGUUCUCAAGGAUAAUGAGCAGAUUUAUUUUCGGCUACGCUGUCGAAAAUUUGUCGAAAUGAUCCGACAAUGCUCAGAUCUCCACCUGGGCCCAGAAGACAAGCAUCAAAGCUCAAACGGUCGCUCAGACGGCGCAUAUGUUGAUGUCUUUGACCAACAGAUGGAGCUCGAUGACCAGAAUGGCCCCGAAGAUUGGAGCAAAAUGGACACGGAGGAUAGUGACGUUGGCCUGCGUUAUCAGCAUCUUCUCCAAGAGACUCUUCAUUACGGACAGGAGUUGCAACUCGAAUUUCGGGAGGACGGCAGGAAGGAGAUUAAAAAAGCUCUCGAAGAAACUUUCUCAUUGCUGGCAUACGAAGAUCCGCGGACCUCGGUGGUGGCGCAUUUGCUCGAUCCAAGCGGGCGAAUACCCGUAGCCGAGGAACUCAACUCUGCGAUACUAGUGUCUCUGGGUAAAAGCUCCUCUGCUGCUUUAGAGAAACUGUGUCAACAAACUGAGGCUCUCAUAAAUGAAAUAAGCGAUGAUGGCGGCGCAGGAGCAUUUAUCAAUAUGGCGAAUGAUUUUCUUCGGUAAGUUUGCAGAGCAGCACAAUUUUCCGAACCUGGCGGGCAGAUGUAUCUAUGGAAAGGAAGUUAAUUGAUGGUGGGGUUGGGCGCUAUCUCCUGAGGGUAUUCCUGAGAUUGUUCAAAGUGACUUUUACUUCCCCUUUUCCCAGUCUGUUUUCCGGUUAUACUUGUAUUGCGUGGCCUUUUUGAAUGCAUUGGUGAAGGACCCCGUUUCUCUACUCUAUCGACUCUUCUUUGACCUCAUUUGUAAGGGGUUUGUCUUUCAUAAAGAAUGCUCUCGGAGUUGCACGAGCUCAAACACCGUGCGAUAGCCCGAGGGGCGUGCAAUGUAAUAAACAGAAUAUAUAACUACCAUCUUACCUUAGCGUGGUAUAUGAUAUGCGUG